AUGUAGUUCUCCGGUGGGUUACAUGCCCAGUAAAACCAUGAAGACAUUUGCAGUUCAUUAACCACAUUACCCAGAACACCACACGUCCUGUAGGCAUACACCCCUCCCGUGCCCCCUCAUAAAUAUUCACGAUUCGUGCUUUCGUAAGAUGUCGGCCGACGUUCAUCACCUUGGGGUCGUGCAAGAUUUUAUAAUAAUGAGGCGUGUCGACGGUGGAUGCGGCGCCUCCUCGCGCUCCGCUCGCGCACGCUUUCCGUGAUGGUGGUAUUCGCCGCGCUGACGGAGUCCGACCGGGUAGGACCUCGAGUCCGAGGGCUGUAGGCGGUUCGUCGCGCAGGUGGGCAGCGGAGCGAGCCGUUUUCGCGCUGUUUUCAUGUGCUUUUUACGUCCGUCGCGCGCCGCUCCCUCCACCGUGAAGCGCCCUGUGUGUGUUCGGCUGUGACUGGCGGGAAAUGGAGAGCGCGCGCGGCUCUGUCACUCUGGCGGUGCGUGACGGCGGAGGCGUCGGACUGCGAGCGCCGAUCCCGCGCGGAGCCCCGGCGGUUGCGAAGACGCCGGGCGGCUCCGGUUCGCUGUUGCGGCGCCGGCGACUCAGGCGGAACCUGUCGGCCGCGGCGCCUUCUUUGGCCCCCGCGGGCGCCCCGCCGCGCGGCAGGAUGAGCUCGGCCGCCUCCUCGUCGUCGCUGAGCAGCCGGAGCCUCGACAGGAGGCCGCUGCUGAGGCAGAAAGCGGCCCCGCAGCUGCAGCCCGCCGACCGGGAGUGGGUGCGCGCGGACCUGCGCCGGGGUUGCGUGCACGUGCAAGAGCGGCUCUCUGGCUCCUGCCUGCGCCCUGUGCUCUGCACCGUGGACACCACGGCUGGGGAGGCGGCCCGUCGCCUGCGGCAGCUCGCGGGGAGAGGCGCCUCCGUGGUGCGGCUGUCCGGGAAAGCCGGGGGCUCCGGCUCCGGGUCCGAGCCGCCGGGCAGCAGCAGGACCGCCCCGACUGAAAACGGGGACGCGAACCCCUACGCCUCUGAUCAUGGACGGUCGAACGCACCGGCUUUAGAUGCGAACUCAAACUCCGGCGAAGAAUUAACUUGUUGUCAUGCUGGACUGAACUCCGGCUCGGAUGCCGAGAAUAGCGGCUGCGAGGAGCUGAGGCCGAGCAGCUACCGGGAUUCGCUCAGCGACGAUGUGACUCUGGGCACGGACAGCUCCGCCGUUGUCCUGAGCCCGGCGUUCGACGACGGCACCGCGGACGGUCUGGACACCUGCGGCAGCUCGUCGGAUGAGCUGGAGCUCGACUGCCCCGUAGCCGACUCGGCGGCGGAGCCAGAAGGCGGCCUGCAGCACCUCCAGCGUUGCGCAGAUCCUACCGCCACCACCGUCGUCAUCGCCUCCGACCGCGUCCGCGCGCAGAGCCCAGCCCGCGAGCCCGGCGCUCGACGCGAAACCGUGCACGUGACCGCUGUGGUCGCCCGCGUCCGUGACCGCAGAAGUACCGGCGAUGGGGGCGACGACAGCGAUGCCGGCGUCAGCGGGGUCCUCCCCCCGCCACAGGACAAAGUUGUGCCCUACAGCAGUAACUCCUCUUUGUCGAGGCCUUCGGUGACGGCGCAGGACCUCGGAGAGGCCGGCGCUCCGGACGCGGCUCCAGCCUGCGAGCGCAGUGACUCGCUUCCCACCCUUUACGUGCAGCUGCACGGCGACAUGGCCCGCAGGCUGGAGCAGCACGAGAAGCCCCUCCAGGUUCAGAACGACUUCCUGUUCAAACUGGGAUUUAAGGACCCGUGGAGGGUGCAGGAGGAAGGCAUGAACACGGAAAUGGGAUCCCUGAUCCGCUUUUAUGCAGGAAAGCCCCACAGCAUCGAGAGUUCCGAGCGCGUCCAGCUGUCUGGGACCUACAACGUCCGCAAGGGGAAGAUGCAACUGCCCGUGAAUCGCUGGAGGCGACGGCGGGUCAUCCUGUGUGGAACAUGCCUCAUCGUCUCAUCCGUCAAGGACAGCCAGGCCGGCAAGAUGCACGUUUUGCCUCUCAUUGGGGGGAAGGUGGAGGAGGUGAGGAAACACAGUCACUGCCUGGCCUUCAGCUCAUCCGGCCCCCAGAGUCAGACAUACUAUGUGAGCUUCGAGAACUUCACAGAGCACCUGAGGUGGCAGCGCCAGGCUUCCAAGAUGGUGUCUCAGCGCAUCAGCUCAGUGGACCUGUCCAACUGCAGCCUGGAGCAGCUACCCCCAAACCUCUUCUACAGCCAGGACCUGACGCACCUCAACCUGAAGCACAACUUCCUAGACGCCAGCCGCAGCCUGGUGGAGCUACAGAGGUUCUCCAAGCUGCGCAGCCUCAACCUGUCCAACAACCACCUGGGCCACUUUCCCCUGUCCAUCUGCAGCAUCGCCACCCUGACCGAAGUCAACCUGUCCUGCAACUGCCUGAGCUCCGUGCCUAGUGCUGUAGGGGAUAUGCGCAACCUGCAGACCUUCCUUUUGGAUGGAAACCGGCUGUCAGACCUGCCGGACGAGCUGGGUGACCUUCCACAGCUCAGCUACCUGGGCCUCACCUUCAACGAAUUCCGCCAGGUGCCCACAGUGCUGGAGCAACUGGGUGCCGUCGAGCGCCUCUGUAUGGCGGGAAACGAGCUGGGUACCCUCACCCUGCAAGCCUUCCGCCUGCUCCGCAUCAAGCACAUUGACCUCCGGCUAAACCAGAUCUCCCAGAUGGUGCCCGAUGAGCCUGACUUCCUGCGGCAUGUGACUCACCUAGACCUGCGGGACAAUCAGCUGUCAGAGCUGGAUGCCUCGCUCUUCCCCAAGCUGGAGGUGUUACACUGCGAGAGGAACCACCUGGGCUCACUCAAGCUGAGGGGCACUUUUCUCAAGGGCCUCUAUGCCUCCAGCAACGAGAUCUGUCAGUUGGAGAUCUGUCCCAUGCCCAGUAACCUGACAUACAUGGAUGUAUCCAGGAACCGCUUGGAGAGCCUCCCUGAGUGGCUGUGUGACAGCAAGAAGCUGGAGGUGUUGGAUGUCAACCAUAACCAGCUCUCCCAGCUCCCUGAGCGACUCCUGUGCAGCGGCAGUUUGCGGAAGCUGCUAGCAGGGUACAACCAACUGCAGAAGCUACCGGAGAAGCUGGAGGGCAGCCAGAUGGAGGUGCUAGACAUCCAACAUAACCAGCUCUCGGAGCUGCCGGCCAGCCUCUUCUUGAAAGCUGACAGCUUACGCUGUCUGAACGCCUCGGCCAACCAGCUUGAGAGCAUCCCCCCGUCGAGCCUGUCGGAGGAGAGUCGCAGCUCCCUGCAGGAACUCUACCUCACAAACAACCGGCUGACGGACAAGUGCGUUCCCAUGCUGACGGGACACGGACACCUGCGCGUGCUGCACCUGGCCUACAAUCAGCUGCAGAGCUUUCCGGCCAGCAAAAUGGCCAAACUGGAGGAACUGGAGGAGGUCGACCUGAGUGGGAACAGGCUGAAGGCUAUCCCCACUACCAUUCUCAACUGCAAGAGGAUGCACACAGUGAUUGCGCACUCCAACUGCAUCGAGGUCUUCCCCGAGGUCAUGCAGCUUUCUGAUAUGAAGUGUGUGGAUCUGAGCUGCAACGAACUGAGUGAGGUCACACUACCGGAGAACCUGCCCCCGAAGCUGCAGGAACUGGACCUGACAGGCAAUCCCCGCCUGGCGCUCGACCACAAGACCCUGGAGCAACUCAAUAAUAUCCGGUGCUUCCGUAUAGACCAGUCUCCGUCAUCCUUCUCGGCAAACGAGGCCUCAGCAGCCCCGGCUGUGUGGAGCCAUGGCUACACGGAGGCGUCUGGAGUCAAAAACAAGCUGUGCGUUGCCGCCCUGUCUGUGAACAACUUUGGGGAGAAUCGUGAGGCGUUGUAUGGCGUGUUCGACGGCGACCGUAAUGUGGAGGUGCCCUACCUGCUGCAAUGUACCAUGGGAGAUGUGCUGGCAGAGGAGCUGCACAAGAGCAAGAGCGAGGAGGAUUACAUGACCAGUACCUUCCUGGUCAUGCAGAGGAAGCUGGGCACAGCGGGGCAGAAGCUGGGUGGCUCAGCAGUGCUCUGCCAUAUCCGCCACGACCCAACGGACCCGGGGGGCUGCUUCUCACUCACCACAGCCAACGUAGGCAAGUGCCAGGCCAUCCUGUGCCGUGACGGCAAGCCUCUCCCCCUGUCAGUUCUGCACAACGUGGGAGUGGCUGAGGAGUACCAGAGGGUCCGGCAGCACAAGGCCAUCGUCACAGAGGACAACAAAGUGAACGGAGUGACCGACUCCACGAGGAUCAUGGGAUACUCCUUCCUGUACCCGUCAGUGAUCCCACAACCCCACGUGCAGACCGUGGUGCUCACACCCCAGGACGAGUUCUUCAUCCUGGGCAGCCGGGGACUCUGGGACAGCGUGUCGCCGGCCGAGGCCGUGGAGGCCGUGCGUAAUGUGCCCGACGCUCUGGCAGCCGCCAAGAAGCUGUGCACGCUGGCGCAGGGGUACGGCUGUGGCGAGAGCCUGAGUGCUGUUGUGGUGCAGCUCAGCGUCUCCGAGGACUGCUGCUGCUGCUGCUGCGAGCUAGGCGCCCCUCCCCCACCCAGCCCUGGUCUCUUCCCGCCACCCAUCAAUGUGGUUAUCCGCGACGCGCUGCCCCCGCCCUCCUCCUGCAGCGAGAUCAGCAGCGAGGUGUCCACCUCUGAGAUGAGCAGCGAGGUGGGGUCCACAGCGUCCGAUGAGCCGCCGCAGAGCGCGCUGCUACCAGAGGCCCACGCGGGGGUGUCCUUCCCUGCAGAGCAACGAGCUGUGGGCGGUGGGGGAGGGGCCGGAAGCUGCGCGCUGCACCCUGUCUGCUUGGCCGGCUCCUUCCAGCGCCAGCUCUCUAGCGCCACCUUCUCCAGCGCGCUGUCCGACAACGGCCUGGACAGCGAGGACGAGGAGCCCAUUGCAGGCGUCUUCUCCAAUGGGACCCGCGUGGAGGUGGAGGCCGACGUGCACUGCCUGCGCGCCCGAGAGCACCCCGUGUCCUCGCAGCCACCCGUGCCCGAGACCCCGGACAGGACCGAGAGCGAGGAGGCCGCAGAUGAGCAUGAGGGGGGAGGCAUGGCUGAGGUGCCCAGGAAAGCGGAACCUGCGGGUGGGGCCGAGAGCGGUAGCACCAGGACCCUGGGUAAACGCAGAGGCAACGGCUCGGUGGCCCCCCAGGAGAGGAGCCACAACCUGAUUGAGAUUGCGACUGAUGCCCCUACCAGGAAGCCCGGAGGCUACUUCACUGCCCCAGCCCAGCCGGACCCCGAAGACCAGUUUAUUAUCCCACCGGAGCUGGAGGAGGAGGUCAAGGAGAUCAUGAAGCAGCAUCAGCAAGAACAGCAGCAGCAACAGAAGCCCCACCCCACGGACCAGGCAGCCGACACAUACGACACACCGCUCUGAAAGGCACUGCCUCUGGGGACGUAGAUCCCACCCUUUAAAGUUGCCUAUAGACUCCUUUGUGACGCUGAUGUGAGAUUCCCUUGCGAAAGCUCCUCACUUACGGCACAAGAGACGACUGUAGCGGCCAGUCGCAUUGGACCGACAGUAGCUCCUGCCCGCCUGCUUCGCACGAUCCUUUCUGCCCCCACAUCGUUUUGUACAAUGACGACGGCGACGCUCAGAAGCACUUUAAGGAAUAUGUUUUAUUUUAAAUAAGACGUGUGUAUGGUACGUACUGCUGACACCGUGGAGACUCCUCUAGGGAGUGCUCUCAGUGGCUUCCAGCCUGUGGACAAAUAGAAAUUUGUAGAAGUUGAAAGACUAACUCCUAGGAGUUGCUUACUCUUUAAUGUGACUUAGUCACUGUACUAAUGUUCUCUGAGAGAAAAAGUGAUUUCCUGUCGCCCCUCCCCCAACACCCCCCACCCCCCGAUGAUUAUAAAUAGGACUGACGUUGUUUAAGGAUGCUGGGUGCGAGUCGGUCACCGGACAUCGGGCUGGAGAAUCCAGGAUGGUCAGUGCGCACAUAUUCCUGCCACUCACACACACGUAUACAGUCACACAGACGUCGAUGCUCACAUACGCACAGAUGGAAAUAGACGCCUGCAAAGACCCAUUCAAGGCACACAAACAGGUUCCCAAAAAUAAAUGGACACAGAUGCACAAACAUAUACGUUCAACUCAUACAAAAUCAUACAUACAUACGCACACUUAGACGUGUGCACACACAUUCAAAAUACAUACAGAUGCAUCCGCACUGGCACAUGCAAACACGAGCAGAUGGGCACAAAGUCACACAAUGAGCACACAACCAAAACUUGCAGGCGCUCUCUCUCUCACUCUCACACACGCACGCAUGCACACACACUCAAACAUGAACAGAUGCGUUGGCACAGUAACACGUGCUUACGGAUGCAAAUGGACACACACAUUCACAGGUGGCAUCGCUGUCACACAGACAAUCAGGCACACAUACUCAGAGGCUGGUACACAGAAACACACACAUAGCUGGGAACACUACGCAUCUCCCCUUCCUCGUACCGUCAUCACCAGCAUGGCUGUGUCGAGUUCCCUGAUGCAAAUGUACAACUUACCUGCGAGCAACUGUAUCCAAGCAGAGCACACACAACAAGUCCUGUUUUGUUAUAAUAAAUCUAAAAUUUGCAAAUAA